AACCGGUGCCAGGGACCUGUACAUUAUGCGACACUAUGGAUUGCGUUCUUUCAGCUGCCCACCUAAUUAACAACAUGAACACGUCGGCUGAUCCCUGCGAAGACUUCAACGAGUUCGCCUGUGGUCGCUACAUCAAAGAAUCCCAAUUCCCACCUGGAAGAUCACACAUAUCCAGCGCUACUGCAGUCAGCGACCGGAACACUAUCCUCCUCAGAAACAUUAUACUUGAAGAGUCUUCUCCAUCUCACCCAGAAUAUCUCCGCAAAAUGAAAAAGUUUUAUCAGUCUUGUGUGGACGAAGCCCAAAUAGAAGUUGUGGGCUUAGAACCGUAUUUCAACGAUACAGAAUUCACUGAUGACUGGCCCACACUCAACCCGAACUGGACUGACGCUAACUUUAACCUGAACGAGCUCAUCGUCCGCUACAUGGUAGAGGAUGUAGAGCCGUUAUUUUCCAUCACAGUUAGCACCGAUAUGAAUGACAGUACUACCAACGUUAUCGAAGUAAGUUUUGUUUGUUUGUUUGCUAGAGGUUCUGACAGUGGCAGAAGAGUGGUUGUCAACAGUAGUGUGUAUGCUUUAUCAUUCAGUCACUUUUGUUUCCAUUUCGUUUAUGGGAUCCAGUUUUGA